GUCCGCCUCUCCAUUAAUUUUUUGUUUUCCAUCACAGUUCACAUCGCCGUCGUCGUCACGCGCGCACCUCCCCACUCCCCCCCGCGCCGCGCACCACCUCGAUCCCCCGGCCCCUCCACUGCCUUCCCGAAGCUUCCAUGGCGCCCGCGCCGCCGGCCACCACGUGGCCGCGCCGCGGCCGCACAUUUCUCCGGGUGCUGGUCCUCGCUCUCGCAGUUGCGCGGCCGACCUCGUCGCAGUACGUCCUGCACCCGCCGCCCGGGGCAGCCAUCUCCGGCGCGUUCUCGCCGCCGUCACCGCCGGCCGGCGGUGGAGCCGGAGGCGGCGGCGAAGGAGGAGGAGGAGGAGGAGGAGGGGGCAGCUUCAGCCUCACCACGUCGCUCCUCUUCGUCGGGAUCAUCGCCGCGCUCUUCAUGCUCGGCUUCUUCUCGGCCUACCUCCGCCGCCGCUCCGAGCUCGCCACGGCCGCGGACGCCGCGCGCCGCGGCGCCCUGAGCGCCAACGCGGCCGUCGCGGCCGCGGCCGCGGCCGCGUUCGCGUCGGCGGCCAUUGGUGGCAGGAGGCGCGCCGCGGGGCUCGACGCCGCGGCGAUGGAGGCGCUCCCCGUGCUCACGUACGCCACGGCGCGGGCGGUCAAGGCCGGCCGCGGGGCGCUCGAGUGCGCGGUCUGCCUCUCCGAGUUCGACGACGCCGGCGAGAAGCUCCGCCUCCUCCCCGGGUGCUGCCACGUCUUCCACGCCGCGUGCAUCGACGUGUGGCUCGCCGCGCACGUCACCUGCCCCGUCUGCCGCGCCGACCUCUCCGACCCGGCCGUCGCAGACGCCGGCCACGUCCUGGCCGCUGACCUCGCUGCCCAGGCGGAAACGCCCACCGACACGGUUGUCAGCAUCGACAUGGAACCGUCCGAGUCAACGCCAGGACGACAGGACCCCACGUCGCCCGACGAGCAGCAGCAGGCGGAGACGGCGGAGGAGCGGGUGGACCGGUACACGCUGCGGCUGCCGGAGAGGCUCAAACGGGAGAUCGACGAGGCGAAGCGCCUCCGCAGGGCAAUGAGCGCGGUGACCGCGUCCACCGCGCUGCCGAGCGCCUCCAGCGGGCGGUCGGCGUCGGCAGCUCUGCGGACAAUGUCGGCCGCGCGCCCGAGCCGGCGGUGGUCGGGGCUGUUCCGGGCGCUGACGGGGUCGCGAACGAGCGAGGCGGACGACCACGGGAGGGUGGUGCCAUUGCAUACCGGCGACGGGGAGGAGGUGAAGGUGGUGGUAGUUCAGGACGACGUGGAGAAGUACUACGCGCACAGCCUCACGUUCGCCGGGUUCGUCAUCGACGGCGACGUCGCGGCCGGCGACUGGAACCCGGAGGUCUUCCAGGUCUCGACGGCCGUUCCGGCCGCGCCGGCGACGUCGCAGCGGUGAACCCUGCAGAAGGCAUAUCUGACCGUGAAUUUCUUUUCGUAGCGUUCUUCAUUUCAGCUAUCCUAUAGUUAGAGUAGAGUGAUUGCUCAUGGUUUGAUGAAUCUGACAGCAACUGUACAUUUAGAGUUACUAGUUGUCAUCUUGUCGAUUGGAAGUGCUAUGUACAUACAGAAUUGUUAAGUUUUUGAGACCACUAAAAAUAGAGGCUCAUGGAAA